AUGACAAGACGUUUGAAACGUCAACAACUUUCGUUCCUCCUAAUCAAUUAUCACAUUACCACAUCUUCUGAUGCUGAUGCUAUUGCCCGUUACCAUAUCUCACGCAAUGAAAUCAAACUUGCCCGUCGUGUGUUCGACCAAAUUCCUAAACCAACUGUUGUUUUGUGGAACAUGAUGAUCCGAGCUUAUGCUUGGGCUGGCCCAUUUCAACAAUCCAUUCAUUUGUACCAUCAAAUGUUGCAACUCAGCGUUACGCCCACCAAGUUCACCUUCCCUUUUCUUCUCAAAGCCUGUUCCGCUCUACAAGACUUACAACUUGGGAGACUUAUACAUAGCCAUGCCCACAUACUUGGUCUCACAAUGGAUAUCUAUGUUUCUACUGCUUUGCUUGACAUGUAUGCUAAGUGUGGCAAUUUGUUUCAAGCACAAACACUAUUUAAUACUAUGUCCCACGGGGAUAGGGAUGUUGUCGCAUGGAAUGCCAUGAUCACCGCCUUUUCAUUUCACGCAUUUCCCACUCAAACACUGCACUUGGUUACCCAAAUGCAGCAAGCCGGGAUUGCUCCUAAUUCUUCAACUCUUGUAUCUAUUCUACCCACAAUUGGACAAGCUAAUGCACUACUCCAGGGGAAGGCUAUUCACGCACACUCUCUCAAGAAAUCCUUUUCUGACAGUGUCAUUCUCCAAACUGCACUUUUGGAUAUGUAUGCUAAGUGCCAUCUAUUAUCUUAUGCCAGGAAAAUAUUCAACACCGUCAAUAAGAAAAAUGAGAUAUGUUGGAGUGCUAUGAUUGGAGGUUAUGUACUUCAUGAUUGCAUGACAGAUGCGUUGGAUCUUUAUGAUGACAUGGUAUGUAUAUACGGCUUGAACCCCACGCCAGUCAUUCUUGCAACCAUGCUUAGAGCCUGUGCACAACUCACUGAUCUGAAAAGGGGAAAAUUCUUGCAUUGUCAUAUGAUUAAGUCAGGGAUACACCUAGAUACAACUGUAGGCAACUCGCUGAUAUCAAUGUAUGCCAAGUGUGGCCAUAUGGACGAUUCAGUGGGGUUUCUUGAUGAAAUGAUUGCAAAAGACUCGGUUUCUUAUAGUUCUAUUAUUUCAGGAUGUGUGCAAAAUGGCUAUGCAGAGAAAGCUUUACCUAUUUUUCGCCAGAUGCAGUCAGUUGGGAUUGAACCACAUUUGGCAACCAUGAUAGCUCUACUUCCAGCUUGUUCACAUUUGGCCGCUCUACAACACGGGAUCUGCUGCCAUGGAUAUGCAGUUGUUCGUGGCUUCACUAAUGACACCUCCAUUUGCAACGCCAUUAUUGACAUGUACUCAAAGUGUGGAAAGAUUACUGUCAGUAGGGAGAUUUUUUAUAGGAUGCAAGAUAAGGACAUUAUUUCAUGGAAUACAAUGAUAAUUGGUUAUGGUAUUCAUGGGCUAUGCAUAGAAGCACUUUCACUAUUCCAUGAAUUACAGGUAUCAGGCUUGAAACCUGAUGAUGUGACCCUUAUUGCUGUUUUAUCUGCAUGUAGCCAUUCGGGACUUGUCACAGAAGGGAAACAUUGGUUCAGUUCCAUGAGCCAAGACUUCAACAUCAAACCAAGGAUGGCACAUUAUAUAUGCAUGGUUGACCUUCUGGCCCGAGCGGGAAAUUUGGAUGAAGCAUACACCUUCAUUCAAAGGAUGCCAUUUGUGCCUGAUGUUCGUGUUUGGGGUGCAUUGCUUGCUGCAUGUAGGACCCACAAAAAUAUUGAAAUUGGUGAAGAAGUGUCAAAGAAGAUCCAGCUGCUGGGACCUGAAGGUACUGGAAAUUUUGUUCUUAUGUCAAACAUAUAUAGUUCUAUUGGAAGAUGGGACGAUGCAGCCCAUAUUAGAAGCAUACAAAGGCAUCGUGGUUACAAGAAAAGCCCGGGAUGCAGUUGGAUUGAGAUCUCUGGGGUAAUCCAUGCAUUUAUUGGGGGCCAUCAAUCUCAUCCCCAAUCAGCAUCCAUAAAUAACAAGUUGCAGGAACUGCUGGUGCAGAUGAAAAAAUUGGGAUAUCGUGCAGAUUCUAGUUUUGUUCUUCAUGAUGUUGAAGAAGAGGAGAAGGAGCAGAUUCUCCUUUAUCAUAGUGAAAAAAUAGCCAUUGCAUUUGGAAUUCUAAAUACUAGUCCCAACAACCACAUUCUAGUUACGAAAAAUCUGCGGAUUUGUGUUGACUGCCACUCUGCAAUAAAAUUAAUUACUAUCUUAACAGAAAGGGAGAUAACAGUUAGAGAUGCAAGUCGAUUUCAUCAUUUUAAGAACGGAAUCUGCAAUUGUCAGGAUUUCUGGUAA